AUGUCUUUUUUAGAUCAGCUUGGCCAGGGCUUGGCUGUUGUUCAGCGAGAGGCUGCCAAACACAUCACCGCAGAAAACAUCAACCGAGCGGCCGAAGAGAUUCGGAGGCAUGUCGAUAAUGCUGCGCAGCAACAUGCCACUCUAGAAAAUAUGAAUCGGGCGGGCGAAGAGAUUCGGAAGCACGUCGAUUAUGCUGCGCAGCAAAUACAGGAGCAUGUCACUCCAGAAAAUAUGAACCGAGCAAGCGAAGAAGUACAAAAAGCUUUAGACAACGCCGUGCGAUUUGUAGGUGAGGCGGCCGAGAACGCUCGGCCUCAUGUUGAAGAAGCGAUUACCAGUCUCAAAGAUACAGCAAGCCAUGUGGAGGAGUGGACCAAAGAUGAGAAAAAUAUUGAGGCCGUCAAGAAUGCUGCUCAAACUGCCAAUUUCGCGAAGGAGAACCCUGGACUUGUCGCUGGACUAUUCAUGAUGGUUGCCCCUGGAAUCAUCACGGCCCCGGUGAUGGGCGUGGCCAGAGUGCUGGGUUUUACCUCAGGAGGCAUUGCCGCCAAUUCGAUUGCGUCAGGAGCUCAAUCCGCUGCCGGGAAUGUCGCUGCCAAGGGCGCCUUUGCUACUGUGCAGAGCGCAGCAGCCGGAGGAUACGGCUCAGGUGUGCUCGCUGGCGUAGUUCGAGUCGCUGGAGGAGCCAUAGCUGGGCUUGGUGGAAUUGGACGUGGGCUUAUGAAUUGGCUGGGAGGCGGUCGUCAAUAUCCUCCGCCACGUCGUGAAGAGCAUUGA